UUUCUCGAAGAAGACGUACGUAAAAAAAAUGUUCAAAUGCGAAUAGAUCUCCCCUAAGAUUUACGCGCCCCGCUGUAGUUAUUGUCCUUUUUCAAUCGAUUGGAAAGCUUGCGCCGGACCGUAUUGCCGACCGUAGGCCAAUCGUCAUGACGCUUCCUCGCAACGCUGGGGGUCGUGUGGCGUCGCUGCCUGCGCUCUAAUGUCAAGCUGAUAGUUGGCAUCUGUCCCGGGUAACGGGCGGGGGGAUGAGAAUCUCGGAGCUAGUUGAUUCUUAGUGCGCGGAGUUACCGCGUCGUUUUAAAUAGCGCUCCGCGUUGAGUUGUCAAGUCACGCAGGACAGGAAACAUGCAGUCAGUAGUGACAGCCAAGAUGGCGGAGAGUGGGUUGUGCGGUAGCAGUGCGUAGUCGAUGAUUAAGGGGACGACCCUUUGGUACCCGUAGGUUAGGUGUCCUCGUAAACAUGCACCAGGGUACAUCGUCGACGACGCGGCGUCGCGGUCACCAGCACCACCCUAGACAUGCGACGCGACGCCGUCUCGACGCAUUCAGUCGUGGACCCGCGCAGUGUGGUCCUGCUGGAAUCUCGGCAGAUUCAACUGUCGAACUGUCAGUCGAACAGGAUAAAUCUUACUCCCCUUCUUCUUCUUCUUGCUCUUAUUCCGCAAAAGAUUCGCGCGUCGGCGAAGGAUUCGGAGAAGGCGAUGAAUCUAGGAUUAUUCCGAUAGAUAGCCGUCAGCCAACUCUAAAAAAUUCUCCGCAAUUAAUAGACGACGAUAACAACACGCAUUCUUCCAACAAGUUAAAGCCCGUUAAAGACGACGAACAGCUGAUCGAGUCCAACGCUGUUAUUUGCACAGCUGACGACGACGAUAAGACACAUUCCGAAAACUAUGUCGUUAAAAGGCCCGCGCGGUGUGGUCAGGACGACAAAUUACUACGAGACGAUAACAAGUCGAGAUCUGCCAAGUUAUACGGUAAAAAUUUAUCCAAUGAUAACGAUACCGUCGAUAUCGAUACCCUCGGUUCGAAGACUAGCGAAAAAUCGACCGCCAAUCGACUGCUGGGCGGCAGAAACAAUAAUAAUUCCACCUCGGAGAGAGGCGGUAAGACAAGGCGAGGAAAUUCCUCGCCUAGGAAUUCUCGGAUUGAGGCGAAUAGAAGCCCCGAGCCGGAGCACGCGGUCGCGAGGGCUCGGGGUGACGGAAACUCGGACGACGAGACUUCUAACGUCGAAGAAGAUCCGGAGCUCGCUGAACUCGCUAAAAUGCGAUGCCCCAGCGAACGCACCGAGGUACAAGCCGAAAAGGAGGCGAGGAGAAGAAAGAGAUGCGCCGAUUAUCCCGGUCUAGCAUUUGGAUGUUCGAUAUUCUCGAGCGACACGAUGAUGAAGUUCAGCUUGAUUAAAAACGAACUACAAAAUAUCAUGGGGAAUCAACUGAAAAGGGCCGAAUCCGAAGUCGCCGCUCUUAACCGUCGCAUCCAGCUUUUGGAGGAAGAUCUGGAGAGGUCAGAGGAACGUCUUGCAACUGCCACCGCCAAGUUGGCCGAGGCAUCUCAAGCAGCCGAUGAAAGCGAGCGGAUACGGAAGGCACUUGAAAAUCGAACCAACAUGGAGGACGAUCGCGUUUCUUUGUUGGAACAACAACUGGCCCAGGCUAAACUCAUUGCUGAAGAGGCUGAUAAAAAAUACGAAGAGGUUGCCAGGAAGCUAGUCAUGAUGGAACAGGAUCUCGAGCGUGCUGAGGAAAAAGCCGAAAUUUCCGAAUCGAAGAUCGUCGAGUUGGAGGAGGAACUUCGCGUCGUUGGCAACAACUUGAAGUCCCUUGAAGUCUCUGAGGAGAAGGCGACGCAGAGGGAGGAAACGUUCGAAGGACAAGUUAAGAUCUUGGACAGCCAAUUGAAGGAGGCUGAGGCUCGUGCUGAGUUCGCCGAGAGGUCCGUGCAAAAGUUGCAGAAGGAGGUCGACAGGCUCGAGGACGACCUCGUUGCCGAAAGGGAGAAAAAUAAAUUGCUGCAAGAAGAGAUGGAGGCAACACUGCAUGACAUCCAGAACAUGUAGAACAUGUCGCUGCGGAUAAAUACGCGCUUGUUUGGUGCACGCCUAACAUAACAUAUACAAAAGAGAGAUAAAAAAAGAAAAAAAAAAAACAAACAAACAGAAGAAAUGCAAUGUCCUUAAGUUAGGGUUAGGCCCCAUCGUUAGAGCAGGAAAAAGACAGAUGACGAUAUUUUCAUCACACAUUUUUACCAUCGAGUUUAUAGAAAUCUAAUUCCCAUCUUUAGCCUAUUGAAUUCUCCUUUCAAUUUCGCGUUAUUACACACAUUCCGUUAGGAUACAAUAUUAACAUAACGCGAUAGUAAUAUUUAUAGUAAUAAUAAUUGCUGGUGAGAAUUCGAUACGUUUUUAAUUUCACAUCCGAAUAACUAUUCGUCUUCCCUCGUGCGGAAUAUAUCAGCAUAUUUUUUCUUUUUUUGUUCGUAGAUCGUAAAAAGAAAGAUAAGGAUUUUCUAUUCCUACUGUCUAUUCCUCCCUACAUCUUGAUAAAUCGUUGCUUGUAUUUUGUUUUGUUGUUUUGGAAUGUAAUUGGUACAAUUGAAAACAAGCAGUAGUAACGAAGACUGAGGAAGGUUGGGUAGUCGUGUCUCCAUUACAGCAAUAUGCGUAGAGGUAGAUUCUAAUUAGUGUUUAUCUGUCGGUUCCAGUAUUUUGUAUUUUUUUUUUUUCAAUUUUUUUUUUCUUUGCAUCCUAAUAGAGCUGCGUCCCAGUCUGCCUUGCUUCCGCGGUUUAAUUUGGAUCGGAAAUUAUUGUAAUCAGUACGUUAUUAAAGUCUAUCGAUCCAUCGAUCGGUUGUUCAUUUAUCGCAUAAACAUUUAUUCAUGAAUUCUAGUGCGACAAUCGUUCAAUCACGUUUGCCUGUAUAUACUAUUAUCUAUUUUUUUCCUUACCUAUAAAAUUAAAAGUAACGAAAUAUAGAAGAAAAAGUAAACAAUGAAAAGAAAGAUAGAUUUAAUUUAAUGAAAUAAAUGAACGUUCUUCGACGCACUGGAAAAUACGCGCGGAAUUUUUCUAGGAUUGAUAAUUAAUAUUUAUACAUACUUAUAUACGAGUUCAUCAAACAAUUCUGCAGGAUUCGAUAUCCCCGUGUAUGAGGGUUUAUUUUGCGCUUCUAGCGCACACCGGAUCCUGUAACUGAAGAUCCUGUGAACGCUUGAGGCUUAUCAAAAGAAAAUCGAGUUCAAUGUAGUAGAUGCAUGAUUAAAAUUCAUUUAAUCAUCAUUUUUUAAUCCUGACAAUUUACAUCAGUACCGGGAGAAAUAAUUUCUGUGGGUAGCCACUUCCGGGAAGAGUUAAACCACCUUUUGCUCCAUCAUAAUAUCUGAUAAUCUGUUUCGACUUCUGUCAUUUUUGUUCUCUUGUGCACAGUUUUGAAGGAUUCUAAAAAAUUAAUUUACCUACGUUCACUUUUUGAAUAACAAUGGAUUUUCUACAUUUAGCAUUACGCACAUUUAUUUUUGGUAGGUACAAUAGAAAUUUCAGUAUUAUUACGAUUAAAACAUUUCAAAAACAUCUCGUGUCCCUCGCUUAAAUUUUCACUGUAUUUUCUAACCGGAAAUUACUAUAGAAAUCACUUGUAAACUCACAAUAUAUCGACGAAGUGGCUACUCACGCGUUAAUUUUGCCAUCGAAAAAGAAAAGAAUCGGUAGAAAAAAAAGAAAAAUUGCACAAUAUAUUCCUACGUCCUAUUAUAUUGAUAAACCCAUCUUUGAAAAUGCUGAAAACAAUACUUGAGUUAUUAGUCUAUUAAUUUACUUAAUAUUAAUUGAAAAUGAUAAUAACACUAAUAUUAUUGUAAUAAUUAUUAUAUUGCUAUUAUUAUAAAUCUGUUUAUAAUAUAUAUUUUCAUUUUGAAAAA